UCCAGCAGCGCUCCUUAUUGUCUCUGCAGUCAACUUUGUCUCCAUUUUCGUUUCAAAGAUAGAUCUCUGAGAAAGCCCCGUCAAAUCCGUACCUGAUUUCUUUAUAGAAUCUCCGUUUUCUUGUUGGUUUCUCAUUCUUCAAUGGCAGCCAAAGUGGUCGACCCAUUGACAGACUACAGCAAAACCCAGCGCGUAGUCCUUCUCAUUGACUUAAACCCACUCCUCCAUCUCCAAGACGCAAACCCAUACCUCAAAACCCUCCUUUUCUCUUCCAAAACUCUCCUCUCUUUCCCUCCUCUCUCCUCUUCUCUCUUCUCUUUCAAACCCUUCUUUUCCUCCCUUUCCCCACUCCUUUCAUCUUCGAAACUCCCUUCUACUUCUACUUCCCUCUCUCUCUCUUUCAACCACCCAGAUUCCACCCUCCACUCCCUCACUGAAUUCCUCACUUCUCUCCCCACCACAAUAAACAAAUCCUCCUUCCCAUUAAACCCUUCUAAGGCUUUGAAUCUCGCUGCCUCCCUUCGCCAACUCGUUCAUGACUAUGCCUGGGACCCACUGAUCCCUGAUCCGGUGGCUGGUACGCUGUCCAACUCUGAUAGCUCCGAUUUGAUUAGGUCUAAUUUGGUAAUUUUGUUCUCUCCUGUUUAUAGGCACUUGAAUGGUUUAUGUGAAUUUUUUGAUGUCGAAAUGGAAGAUGAAUGUUUGAGGAAUUUGGAUGCCUUUGUUGAUAAGUUUUCUGGGGUUUUUGACAGUGUGAAUGAUGCGUUUGUUAGUAGGGAUAUUCAUUGUUGUUGGGUUGAUGUAAAGUUUCAAUCGUGGGAAAAUGAAGAUUUUGAAAAUCUGGGGUAUGGGUUUUUGGAGAGUGGGAUUAGGAGUUUGGGUUGGGGAUUUUGUUCUGCGGAUUCAAUUGUUUUAGGUAGUGCUCUUGUUCCUUUUGGUUUGAUUUAUCCGAUAAUUGGGGUUUCAUCAAAUUGUUUUCGUGGUUUUGAUUUUAACGAUGAUUCUGGUAGAAGGAUGAAUGCCCAAUUGAGUCUUGAGAUAUCAGAUGCCAGUGGGAAGCCCUUAGAAUGUAAGUGCUGUGAGCUUGAAUUUGUCCAUUUUAAAAUGUGUUCCAGAAAUAAAAAUGGUGAUGUUUUGUUUACACCUGAAUUCAGUAAUCCACAAAUGAGAGGUGAUGAUCAGAAGCUUAGAUCCAUGUUUGAGCAGUAUUCUGAUGGAGUAAUGACACUACGUGUUAGGACAGUGAGGAAGUAUGACGGGUGUGAGAAAUUUGAGGGGCACUUCUUGAAUCCAAUCAUUGUUCGAGAAUACUGGGGAAACUCGCGGAAAGAUCCAAAAGAUAAUUUGGGUGAGUUUUUUGCAGAUAGGGCUCUUCAAAUACUUGCAAGGGACAUGGGUGAAUCAUUGGUGAGAAAACCUGUUCCCAUUUGGCAAAUUUUUUUGAGUUUUCUUUGUAGGGAAGGUUACUGGGCGUUGGUAUCUCUUUCAGAUGGCAAUUGUGAUUUGCAUACAGGAAUUCUGAAGCCUUUCACUGUUUCUUCAGCCAUGCUUUGUAUCAUAGAUGAUGAGUUCUGCACUAGCAACAAGUUACAAGAAUAUAGUGGGGAGGAUGUGGCUGCAUAUGUUUCAAAAAGGGACGAUGAAAUAAGCAAAUCCAAUGUUGAUUCCAAGCACUCUUCUGGAAUUUUGGAUUCUCAAUCUCACCCCUCACCUUCAAUCAAGUGUGCUUCAAAAAGGAAGAAGAAUAAAAAGAACUUACAUUUGCUUCAUGAGAUGACAUGGAGUACCUUCUCUCAUGCAGCAGCUGAACAUUUGGAGAUAGAUUUAGAAGAAAGUUACUUUUCUAGGAACUGCAAUAACUCAAAGAAGUUAAAAUUUCUGAAAUGCUGGAUGAAGCAGAUUAAAAAGUGUAGUUCUUGCAGCUUGAAGAUACCAGAGAGUGCCAAUCCAGAUCAGGAUGCCACAGAAGAAAUGAAUCAUAGACCAAUUGAGUUGCCCCAAGAUAGUGAACAGCCGGCCUCUUACUCUGCAUCAGCAGGAGAAGGUUCCUCCAGAAUAUUAGAUGAAGCUGGUAAUGAAUUUUGUUCAGAAACUUUGGAAAAUUUCUUCAAUAGUCUCCCAAACAAAAUUAAACAAGGGCUAGAAUCUGGAGAAGUAGAAUUAGGGGCUUUUGCAGAGAGACUUGUGAGUUCAUCUAUUUAUUGGUUAUAUCAAAAGCAUGAAAUGGAAGACAAUUCAGAAAGUCAAACCUCUGUGGUGAAAGCUAAUGAUGCUUGUGCUAGCAAAGCUGCUGUUGAACUAACCGAACUUCUACUGAGAGAGCCAAAGGACAUAGCUGCCAUGCAUAAAAGGAGGGAUCCAUUCUCUCAGGCAUCUGAUUCAAGGUCUACUGGAUCUGCUUUCCUUAAUAUAGUUAGAGAAUAUGAAUUGCAGAUUUUGUUUCGCAUGGAGAUUCUUCAAUCAGAGGUUGGUGCAAUUAUUGAGGAGCCUAUGAGGCAGAAGUUUGUAAAACAAAUUUGCUUGCUACUGGAGUCUAUUCAGUGCCAUCUUGAGGGUGGCUUUUUUGGUGAUUGGAGGCUUGACAAGUAUGUGGAAAAAAUCAUAAAGAGCAGGUAUUAUCAAUCUCUCAGAGAUGUAGUUGAUAAAAUCUAUACGAAGAUGGAUUUGUUGCUGUUUGAUGAUGAGGAUGAAUUGCCUAAUCAUUUACUCAACAGUGAGGGCAGUAACCAGUCCUGGAAAGAAAAACCGGAGAAAGAUGUAAACUACAGAAAUAAUGAACCAGUCUCAAUAGGAGACGAGUCCCCUCAAGUGCAUAAAAAUGAUAAUAGAAGUCCCCAAGUGAUUAGGACUAAGGAGCAUGCUCAAAAAUUAAUUGAGGCUCAAGAGAGGAGAGAGAGAGCUCGGCGGUUUUCAUCUUUCACAAGUUGGAUGCCACAUUUGCAGAGAGUUUGGGUUCCAAAGCAGCCGAAGGCAAUGAAACUCAAGUCUGAACCUCUUCGAAAACUGUCAAAAAGGAAGAACUGUAGCAGAGCAAACUAUGACAUGGUAUGUGAGACCCCAAUAACAGAAAAGAAGCGGUCAUCCCCUCGUCGGAUUAGCAUUGAUGAGGAAGAAGGCCAUAGAGACUGCGGAGCUCACUCUCACGGUUCUGUCUCAAAGGCCUUGUUUCAAGAUGAUAUACAGUAAGAAUCAAGGCUUUUCUCCUGUAGUUGACAGGAUGCCUAUGACACAGACUACACAGUACAUGAAAGGUUGCUGGGGCCCUCGUAAGGAAAGUUUGCUGCCAUCAAUACGCCAAUUUAACAUUUCAAAAUUUAACCAGACGGGUUUAUCUUAAUCACAACCUCUAAUUGUUUGUGAAAUAGUUAGAAUUUGUUUUAUCCCUGAGUAACCGUACAUAAGGUUAGUUUGUUCAUGUAAACUUACAACUUAAACGUCAUAUAAGAGGUCUAUUGUUAAUUGUUUGUACAGGCA